AUCCGCCUCUGGGGAUCCGCAUGAUCUUCCUCCUCUCGGUAACAUAGUUCCUCUUGCAGCACCUCAAUCAGUGGACCGUCGCGUCUAUCACUGCGAGGAAGAGAUAUCUGUCGGUCCUUUGCAACCCUUCUGCAAUGGGGCUGUCCGGCCUUCAACACGGUUCCGAAGAUUGGCCUCUUCCACUUUCCCGGCGAGAAAGUACUCUGUCCUCAUCAACCCAAUCAUCCGGCCAGAUCAGUCCGGGCACCUCGCCUUUUACUUCGUAUCCCCUCAGCAGAACGGCUUCCUCUGUAGGCUCGCGAUCGAGAGAAGCCUCGUGCUACUCGCUACACGAGGAAGUCAUCCACAUCCCGCUCAACAAUACCGUCACCAUUACUUUCGUGCGGAGUAACAAACUGUUCAAGCUCCGUUAUACCUACAUCGACGUACGCAAGGAUACCACUGGAAGCCUCAGAUGCCUAGAGCUCGGAGGUGGCCCUGGCCAGCAAACCCCAUUAAUUCAUACUUUUAACGAGUCGAAAAUCCCCGUCCCACACUUAGAACAUCCUAAACGUCCCAAUGAACCCUCGCUACGAAUCUCUUUUAUGGAAGAGCAGACCGUACAAUCCGCACAGACUGUGUUUACCACCCAACUGUCAUACCAAUUCGAAGAAGAAAGAGACUGUGUUCAAUUUCAGGAGAUCAUCCUAGCAUCCAAAUUAGUCUUUCUUGCCGGAAUAGCAGAAGCCAAGUCGAAAGGCCGUGGAGAGGAGUGCAUCAGUCAGAACCUCCGUAUCCUCCGCGGACCCAAUGGCAAGCAAGUCAUGCUGUUUUUUGCCAACUCCCAGCGGAAAGACCUUAAGCGCUACGUGAAAGUACCAGGUGAGCUGGGACUCCGGCCGAUCGGUCGGCCGGUCGGCCACGGCAGGAUCUGACCGGCUAAUCUCUCCCAGUGAACUGCAUUGACAGUUUUAAUCCCGGCAAGAAGCCAGGGAGGCCUGUGGUAAUCCAGCUCCAACCUAAUUUUGAUAUCCUAACCCAAAUGAAGACGCUACAGAUCCAGUUCCUGG